AUGGCACCCAAGAAGAACAAGCAGCGGGAGAAACUCGAACAAAGUCGUGCGUCCUCCAGUGCGCGUGCACAUGAGUCUUUACUAUCAAGUGCUGGAUCUACUACUGUCAAUCGAGGUUUUAUCAGCUUUUCGAACUUUGCACAGCCACCGAAACCCCACGCGGUUCAACCAACGGAGUUUAUAACCGGCGCAUGUGCUUUCAAGCCGCUUGUAUCGAGCUUUUAUGAUGGAUCAGACCAGGAGAUUGCUUUAAUGCUCAAGAUGUUGACGAAGAAAGGAAGUGUGACAAAGAUCAAGACACUGCAGAUGUUCUUAGAGAAGGUGUUGCCAUCUCGUCAGCCGAUUGACAUUCGUCCAAUGCUUGGACACUUUAUACAACUUUAUACAUUUGAAAUGCGUGAUCAGAACGACCGAAAGGUCCGUCAGUUGCUUAAUAAAGUACUGGCGGCAUUGACGGAGAAGAUGCGGCCUAGAGCUUUCAUGCCACAUCUGCAACGACUCUUGCCUUAUUGGUACUUGGCUAUGCACGAUGUCAAUGCCGACGUGGCAAUGCAGGCUAACAAGGCUUUUCAUACGUUAUUUCCAGAGCUGGAAAUGCGCAAAAAUGUACUGGAAGAACAUGUAGCAGCUAUGAUGGAGGAGUUUCAGAGAUUUUUUGGAAAAACACCCGAUACAUGUGAUGGGGUUCCACUGCAACCUGAUGAAAAGGAAGAGAGGUACGAGAGGUGCAUUUCUGCGGCAGUGUUGAGCAUUGACGCGGUGGUCAAGUUUGUAGCUGAACAACAAAGAACACAUUUAUUGUGGGACGAACAAGCGAGCUGCUCAGUGGCUACGGUGGUUUCGUCCGAUAAGUUUACGCGUCUUGCUACUGCGUCAUCGAAACAUCCGAACUUUACACGUGAUAUUGUAAGAAGAGCGAUGUAUGUGACUCUGGUCACGUUGUGCACGAGUGCCCAGGAGAUUGUUGCUGCUCGCGAAGAAGCGUUCGGUAAGGUGGUUCUCGGUAUACUUGGUGAUAAGAGCCCAGCCAACCACGAUGCAAUGUGGAAUGCCGUGCUUACGUUUUUGCAAACCUUUCCCAACGUAUGGCACUCGAGCGCCAGUUUUCCUAAAUUCGUGGUCAGUGUUGUUUACCCACGACUCUUUGCGCAGAUCAGACAUGGAUUUUAUGGAUCAGGUCGGUCGUCAUUUGCAACACUGUUGCCAUUCUUGUCAAUGGUGCCUUUGAGUGUGGCAGUUGAUCCUUCUAAAGGUCAGUCUGCAUUGUAUAUAGGGGUACUGGAGCAGUGUUGUAAAUUUCUUGAGUCGAAAGACGCGCGAUUCUGUGAGCCUUCAGCAAUCACAGCAUUUUUCGAAUGUAUGACCGGGUUUUUCAGCAUUUUCUUGAACGAGACUCCGAAUGCGGCGUGGUUAAGUGAACAGGAUACUGAUCGAUUUGAGACCAACUAUGUAAACCAAUUUGAGAAAGUGUUUGUUUCUUUGCUACAGCAAACGCUUAGCUCUCUUGAUUUUGCGGAGGGAGAGGUGGCCCUCUUCGCUAGCAGCAUGUUGAAGAUGAGCAGUCGGUUACGCAGCUUUGCAACUGAAUCCCGCAUAGUUAACACGUUAAAAGAUGACUUAAUGGCGAAGAUUCACAAAUGGACAAGACAAGCAGUCCGCUCGAUGAUAUGCACGUUAUCGUUCAUACCUUCAAGAGUUAUUGCUCUUCUUGACGCAGGUGUUUCUGCCCUUAACAACAACAGUGAAAAACAUGAGGCCGCGCAGUGGUUAUUGACAAGUAAGGAGCUGUAUGGACAGUGCCUCGACCAGAUGGAUGCUUUCGUGGUGGGAUCUACGUUUUUGCCGGACAAGAAUGAAUCGAUUGCCAAGUUGCUGGCGGCAAGUAAUGGUGUAUGCAAAAUUUACCCUUUGGAUGUGCUGUUGAACGUUGCCGAUACACCAGUUGAAAUCCAUUUUGAUGCUCACUAUCGCCCCGUUCUCCGCGCACUUGCUGGUUGGAAGGAAGCGGCCAAUCGAAAGAGUGAGGUGAAGACAAUGCGUAUAGCUUUGGAACUCACGCGGCCAUUUUUCCUUGCUGCACAGGAGAAGAAGCAGUUUAUAUUGCAGCUUUUCCAGGACUGCAAGGUGCAAUACGGUGACCUGGAGGAAGCGAGCGACAUCAUUCAGUAUGGACUGCAAUUUCCGGUCACUAAACAGGGCAUCGAGCUGUGGCUUUCUUGUGGAAGCUGGCAAAACGGCUAUGAGAGGGGUGUACCUCUGAGCGACCAAUCGGAUCCGACACUGGAAGCGCUUCAAGCAAUCUGGCAAGGCAAGCUGGUUGACGAGUUUUUGCUGAUUAGCUUAAAGGGACGGAUUGAUGACAUGGAUGCAAGUGCUUUUUCCACUCUUCUGAAGGCGUGCCUUGGCGGUCGGUCUAAUUUCCCUGUUGUAAGCUCUGACGCAGUGGUAAUUCUAUGUCACUAUGUUCUUCAAAAAGGAAACGAUAACAGCGACGCAGUGGUGCUGCAGAUACUGACACAUCUGUGUGAGCUGUUCUUCAAAUUAAAUGGAGAGCUAUCUGCUGAACUUGAAGCAGUUGAAGGCCAAUUGUACAAGCUGGUAUUCUAUCUGUCGGCGCGGGGAAGUUAUCGAGUCGAAGCGAGCGCACUUUGGGCACAAACGGUACGCCACUCUCUCAACAAAUGGACGCCGACGCGAACGGAGAUAUUCGUAAACGAGCUGGCUGGGCAUAUCAACGAUUUUUUUCUUGCAAAUACGCUUGAUACGUCUUUCAAUGCUAAGCUGUUUACAGCGUAUGUCAAGAGCUUCGUGCAGCUUGGUGCCGAUCAGGCGUUUUUCACUGUCUCUCAGUUGGUGGAAAAACUGGACGCUGUUAACUUAAGAUGUCCAGAUGAUUCUCGACAGAAGCUAUUCUAUAGUCGAGUGUUGUCGGGAUUGGGGGAAGUCUGUGCAGAUGAACAAAUCGUGGAUAUUUUGCAAGCUUACUUCGAAUCGUUGGCAUUGAAGAAUGAAGACUCGGCAGUUGCACUUGUUGCAAAGUUGGUGGAUCUAGAUGUCACUCACGCGGUGUCGUGGGUAGUGUUUCACUCCAAUGACCAUAUCCAGAGGGAUGUUGCGUUGGUGGAGGUGGUGGAAAGUUAUUUGACUUUUGAUCGUUUGUACGAAGCGCUGAAACUGUCGUCGGGACUUAUAAACAAGGUGCUUGCAGAUGCACUUACACAGUGCCAGGGCAAGCUCAUAGAUGACCUUGCAGAAUAUCGCAACUUUGUCUUCUUGGAUAAAGAUCAGAUUGUUGCUGCUACGAGCCAAAGCGUGAGUUUGCUUACACCAGAUCAACAUGAGAAGCUGGACAAUAUAUAUAUCGAAGUGCUUACUAGGUUUAGCUCCAUCGCGGCACGAACAUUAUUCGUCCAAGAAUUAGUGGACCUGAAUGGCGAUUGGCAGGCGAAAGCUGCCCAAACGGUUGCUAUCUCACUAUUUCGUGCGAUUUGUGUGGAAAAUGAAGCCAGUGACGAAGCCAGUGAUGAAGCCGUCGCAGCAGUAAAGGGAUUUUUUGCUUUAUGUGAUCAUGAUAUUAUUUCCGAGCUCACGACGGGUUUAUUUCAGUAUUUGCGAUUGGUGUCGUGGGCAGUCAAAGAAGAAAAGAAACUACCGAUUACUUCCCGUCUUGCCAAUGAAGAAGUUAUCAGCCUGUCGACUCAGGAGUUAACUAUGCGGCGACUAGUUGAGAUGCUGGCGCCAAGUUCGUCAAUUGUGGUAGAAAUUGUUGAAUGGGUCGCUAUAGUUGAGUACGUGGGUUCUCUCUCAUUAUGUCUGAAAAAUGCAACUUCGGGUUUUUGUGACAUGUGGGGAAAGCUGGCAAGUUUGGUUUUGACGCAUGGGAUUGCUGGCAAGUCAGAGACUGCCAAAAUUGCUGCACUCCGAAUCCACAAACGCAGUGCUAUCCUUGGCGCCCGCAAAAUUGUAAAGGGUGACGAGGAGCAGAUUGUGCUUGCCUACUCGAAUGAGCUAGUCAUCGCACGGCUAGUUUUGAUGGACCUCAUUAUUGCAAUGCAUAACUCGAACCCAGACGCGCUUCAAGAGCUUGCUGCCCACUACCGAGAGGCUCUUCUGUCAACGGUGCUAUGUGGACUUUCUGAGAGUGCUGAGCUGAAGGCAAGUAUUGUAACGACGUACGUGGCGUUAGCGUCUCCGUCACAGUGCUUUCAGCUUGUAAGCCUUUCGUUCAACGUUGAGAAGUUGCUAGCACUUGCGCUCCCGGCAUUGCACGCAACUCUUACAAGCAUUCAUGAUAUUGAUCACGUGAAUCGGCUUGUCCUGGAAUCUUUUGGUGGCAUCGAUACGCUAGCAUCACUUUUCAAUGGAAAACGCUACCCGCUGCAGCCACUGCUGCGUGUAUUGCUAUAUAUUCUCGCCUCGUACAGCGGCGCGCUCCGCUUGCGUCAUUACGAUACAAGUGCAAUCGAUGUAAACGCUGAAGAUGAGGCUGCGACAGAGUCCGCGUUGUCCAGACUGCUCAUUCCAAAGGCAUUACGCGCAGCGCUGCGUGCUGUGUUUGCUGACCGAAAUGGCGAAACGAGUCCUACAACUAUUCGCAUGCGUAGCCGUAAGCAAAAGGUGCAGGAGCGGGAGGACAUCAUGGGAAAAUUGCUACUCUGGGAUAUAUUCCUGCAACUUUUUCCUUCUAGUGGAAGUAGCGGGGAAAGCAAUCGUGAUGGUGAAGGGGCUUCCUCCACGCUGAUCGCGUCUUCUUUAAGCUCGUACGUAACGCGUCACGGGAUGCUUACAAACUUCUUGAACUUUAGUUCUGCGUUAUUAUCGCAAGAAUCCCAGUCUUCAUCGAAGGCAGCGAUCUCAGAACUAAAAGAUACGACGCUGUUUGCCGUAGAGGAUUUGGAAAAAAGUGAGGACGAUGAAUUAUGGAGCCUCCACAAGACGCGCAUCUUUGAGCUUGGUACUCGCGUUUUCUUCCGUACGGUGGUUCGUCUUCCAGCGAUGGUGCGGUCCUGGUGGAAUGAUGAUUGCUCGCGCGCUACGCGUAGCUGGGCUGCCAAGUACUUUGAAGACUAUAUCACCCCUUCGGUUCUUGCAUCGGAGCUGAAGCUUAUCCAGAAUGCUAGCGAAAGCUCCUCUUCUGCUGGUGCAUCAUGGGACGACGAAGAAAUGACCGUAAAGGGUAGUCGUGUGUCUCGCGAGAUAACGACAACUUAUGUCAAGGACGAGUGUGCUUUGGAAAUGGUGGUGCGUGUGUCAUCUUCCUACCCAUUACGGUGCGUGGAAGUUGAGUGCACAAAGCGCAUUGGUAUUUCCGAAGAUCGCUGGCGUCGCUGGGUACUGCAGAUUAUCCGCGUGACAUCAUCUCGCGAUGGCUCACUCCUGGACGCCGUACUACUGUGGAAGCACAACGUGGACAAGGAGUUUGAAGGUGUCGAACCGUGUCCAAUCUGCUACUCGAUCCUAAAUCCCAAGAACAUGAGUCUACCGUCAUUAGCUUGCAAGACAUGCAGCAACAAGUACCACAACUCGUGUCUGUACAAAUGGUUCAACCAGUCGGGCAAGAACAAAUGUCCAAUAUGCCAACAACCAUUUUGCUAA